AGGAAGCAAGAGCGCUAAUCAAGAAAAUGAGAACCUCGCUUUUCAAGGCUAUUGCAACCAACGACAAGCCCGCCUUCAUUCAGCUAAUCAAUGAAGGAUAUGCCUUUGAGACAACGGCUAAAUCUAAGAGCACCGUGUUACACCUGGCUUCAAGGUUUGGACAUGGCGAAUUAGUGCUGGAAAUUAUCAGGCUGCAUCCCAGAAUGGUUGAGGCCCGUAAUAAAAAGGGAGAGACUCCAUUGCAUGAAGCUUGCCGGAAUGGAUACCCCAAGGUGGUCAUGCUGCUAUUAGACGCCAAUCCCUGGCUUGGUUGCGCGCUCAACAAUGAAGACCAGAGCCCACUUUUCUUAGCUUGCCACAACGGGCAUCCUCACGUAGUGGAGCUCAUUUUGAAACAACCCUGGAUGGUGGAAUUCGAGGAAGACAAUCCGGAUAUGAAUUGUCUUCAUGUCGCUGUAUCAAGAGGGCACACAUAUGUUGCUAUAAGAAUAUUGGAGGUAUGCCCGACUUUUGCUCCAAAGACUGACGACAUGGGACUUUCAGCAUUGCACUAUGCUUGUAGUGGGAACAAUCUGGAGAUAACAAAAAUGCUUCUAGGGCUUGACCCGGGUCUUGCAGUGAAAUUUGAUAACAAUGGUUAUACACCACUGCACUUGGCGGCCAUGAAUGCCAAAGAUGCAAUCCUUGAGGAAUUCCUAGCGAUGGUUCCCACUUCUUUUCAACUUCUCACAAGGGAGGGAGAGACCGUCUUUCACCUUACAGUAAGAUUCAACCGAUUCAAUGCCCUUGUAUGGUUGGCACAGAAUUUUGGUGACACGGAUCUCUUUCACCAACCUGACAAAAGUGGUAACACCAUCUUACAUCUCGCAGCCUCUGCAGGGCGCCAUCGGCUAGCAGACUACAUCAUCAAUAAAACAAGGGUGGAGAUCAAUUUCAGGAACUCUGGAGGGCAUACCGUUCUUGACAUCCUCGACCAGGCUGGAAGCAGUUCAAAAAACAAGCAUCUUAAAGACAUGAUCAUAGAGAAAGCCAAUGGUGAAAGGAGCAUUGAAUUAUCGUCUCUUAUGCCAGUGCCAGUGAUUGAGCGAACAAGUCCCCAGCCUCUGGCACAUGAUGAAAGACCUGAAGAUGUACGUGAUGAAGAACUCAAAAUUCCUUUGGAAUCUGGGACACACUCAGAAAGCCGAUUCGAAUUGUCUACAGAUGACAAACUUGACAAUCACACAACAGGGCACUUGCCUGCAUUAUACAUUGAAAUGAAUUCUGGGGUUGAUUUUCUCAACCAUCAAGUUGAAGAGAAAUCUGAAAUUCAGGAUGAUAAUCAGUCUGAACUGCGGCCAGCCUUGUCGAAUAGAACAAGGUAUUCCUCAAACUGUUUGUGUAGACACAAGCAUCUCAGUCAAAGACACAGGAGAGAUCUACUUGAGCUUCACAAAGUUCGCCAGAAUAGGCAAAAUGAAAUAUACAAAGAAGCGCUUCAAAAUGCCAGGAACACAAUUAUACUAGUCGCAGUUUUGAUCGCCACGGUUACUUUCACAGCAGGCAUAAGCCCUCCUGGCGGUGUCUACCAGGAAGGACCAAUGAAAGGGAAGUCCACGGUAGGCAGAACAACAUCUUUUAAGGUCUUCAUGAUAAGCAACAACAUUGCAUUGUUCUCAUCCCUCUGCAUUGUCAUAGUCCUAGUCAGCAUCAUCCCCUUCCAGAGAAAACCAUUGGUAAGGCUUCUGGUGGUUGCUCACAAAAUCAUGUGGGUGGCAGUAUCAUCCAUGGCUACAGCUUAUGUUGCAGCGACAUGGGUGAUUAUACCACAUGAUAGGGGAACCACAUGGACACUUGAAGUUGUAUUCUGUUUCUCUGUUGGAACAGUGGGAACUAUUUUUGUUUAUCUAGGCCUAGUGUUGGUAAGACACUGGUUAAUGAAGUUGAAGACGAGGAGAGAAAAACAUACAAAAUCAAAAGGGAAGAAAGAAAUAGAAGAGGCAGCGGCUGCUGCUGACAAAUUUGAAGUUAUCACAUCAUCCGGUCAGUACUGGAGAGAAAAACAUACCAAAUGGAAAGCAAUGAAAGAAAUAGAAGAGGCAGGGGCGGCUGCUGAUGACAAAUCUGAAGAUGUCACAUUAUCCAGUUACUCUGAUGUUGAUAGUGCCAGGCGCCUAGGACUAGGAUAUCAUGUGUACUAAAAAAUAUGCAUAAAAAACAGAUGGUCCAAAAGAAGUUGAUUUGGUGCCUAAUUUGUGGGGUCAUAAACAUGUUGCUAGUUCAAGGAAAUCCCUUAUGCUUGCUUCUUGUAAGAGUUAAAAAAUUG